UCUCCUAAUGAUCUUCUUCUUCGUCUGAAGUCUUCUUCUUCCUUAUUUCUACUUCUGUAAUUUCUUCUUCUUCUUCAUUCUGAGAUCAAUUGAUCACCAUUAAAGGGAAUCUUGGAGCUCCCUUAUCAGCUUGAUGUUGCAUUGUUGUUUUCCAUACUUAUUUGCUUGAGAUUGGUUGUGUUUUCCCAAUUUACAGCAUCUUCGGCAAAGUGCGAUUAACUUGCUUCCUCUCGGUUGUAUUUGAGUGAAUAUCAACAGAAAAAGGGUUUGAUUAUGGAAGGCAAAGCUCAAAGAGAUGAUGUUCAACCACCAAGGCACCUGCCGCACCUCCCUGACGAUAUCAUAUUCAAGCACAUUCUUCCAUGGCUACCGAUCAAACCAUUAACUCGAUUCAAGGCUGUUUCCAAAGAGUGGUAUACUUCUAUCUCUUCUCCCAAUUUCAUCCUUAAUUACACCAAAAAACCCUUAUUUUCUCACCCAGGCAAACCCAUUGAGUCAAUAUUUAUCCAAUCUGGUGAUAGUUAUUACCUUUACUCUUGUGAACAUGAGGAUAAUGUUCAAUCAUAUACUGAUGAAAACAAUAACAACUUGGUUAGAUUAAAUGCUGAGUUUGAUAUUGAUGAGACAGACCUGAUAGGUCUGGUAGGAUGUUCAAAUGGGUUGGUUUGUUUAAAAGAAAUGUAUGACAAAUACUUUAUCCUAUGGAAUCCUGCUACCAAUCAACACCAAAAAUAUAUGUGUUUUCAGAACGUUUACAUUUCGGGAUUCGGGUAUGUAUCCUCUCUCAAUGAUUAUAAGGUCGUUGGAACAAUUCAUGACCGGGAAGGAGGUGAACAAAAGUGAAGGUCUUCUCAUUGAAAUCUAGCACUUGGGAAAAGAUUGAAUUUGGUUUUGGUAGGUUUAUUUUUUUUGACGGACCUAUAUUUGUCAAUCAAACUUUGUACUGGGCUGUCAUUUGUCGUUCUACUAAGAAAAUGAGAAUUAUUGCAUUUGAUCUUGCUCUUGGGACUCGUGAAUGGUUACCUCAUUUGUCUUUGUCUUUGUGUAUGCUGACGCCGCGUCCUACGUGUGUCAUGGGAGGGUGCUUUUCCAAGCGUUCUUCCAACUCUCAAAAUGAUUUGGUAAUUGAAAUUUUGAAGCGUCCAGGAGAAGUCCUCUCUCUAUGUCUUUCCUGUGCCUUGGACUGGAAUGAUAUCCAAGACUUGAUCGGGUUCACAAAGACUGGCAAGAUUUUUGUUGUUUUAGGUGAUCGUUUGAAGGUUGGCUUGGUUGAUCCAAGUUCAAAGCAAUUUUUUUUUAUAACUGAAGGUCAGGGGAUAGUUAGGAUUGAUAGUUAUGUUCCAAAUCAAAUUUUACCUCAUCCUCCAAUGGAUUUGCAGAAUGCGCGAGAGUUAGAGGAAAGGCAGGUCGCAUAAACCAUUUUGACAAAAGAGAGUUCGUCUGCUGUGGCGUUUUCUGCUGAGAAGUGAAGCUCAAAGAUGCAUCUGAAUAUUUUGUGCGACUCUAAAUCAGUUUUUGUUGGGGUCCAAAAGGAGGUUUUUGGCGUAUUUGUACCUCUAGUUUUAUUCCUAAUGCAAUGUAUUUUGGAAUUAAUGAUGUAACGAACAACAAAUCUAUUUCUAAUAUAGCUCUUCUCUUUUUG